GUGGAUUUCGAUAACAUAACCUCUAAAACCUAUUUAAUAUAUUAAAAUAUUUAUUUUACAUCAUAAAAAUGCAAUUAACCUUAAGGCUGUUGGCUAACAGACAUCCGUCGUUUAUUGCCAGGACGGUAUUUGUAAAGAACAACAACGUAGACGAUGCUUGCAGGUUGGUUAACAGAAUCCUUGGCAAAGAAGGAAUCUUAGAGCAGUACAGGCUAACAAGAUAUUAUGAAAAACCUUUCCAGACGAGACGACGCAUCAAUCAUGAAAAGUGCAAAGCUAUCUACAACGAAGAUAUGGAGAGGAAAAUUCAAUUUGUGCUUCGCAAGAACAGACAUGAACCCUUCCCUGGAUGCCACUGAUGCCCUAUCAAAUUUUAUUUCUACG